UAAAAUAAACACGCAACAGCUACACCAAACUAGUGAAGGAAAUCACGGCACCGUCCCAUUGCGUAAAACCCUAAUCCCAGUUAUCGUUCACACAUAAACCCUUUCCCCACUUCCUUUUUGUUGUUUUUCUUCACUUCCGACGGCUUCUCAGAAUCAAAGAAACAUUUUUUAUUUUGUUUCUGCAACACUUUGUUAUCCUUCAUCUUCGCGCUCCGUUCCUUGUCGAGUAGAAGAAACCUAAAAUGUAACAACCACCCACCCCCCUCUUGGAAACCGCGAUUCGAGGUUUCCGAGCUUAAACUAUCCUCGAGUGCUCCUAGGAAAGACAAUAAGGUAACAAGUGUCUUUUAUUUCGUUUGAAAGAUUAAAUUUUUGCGGUGGGUAUGGAAGCAGCGAGAGUGGGUGUGGGGGUUGAAGGUGGGAAUGGGAGCAACGUGAAAUUGUUGCAGCCUAAGGGUCAGCAAGUACAAGUGGGAACAGUGUCUCAGCUUCUCGCUGGUGGACUAGCCGGUGCUUUCGCCAAGACCUGCACUGCUCCACUUGCACGCCUCACCAUCCUUUUUCAGGUUCAAGGUAUGCAUUUUGAUAUGGCAGCAUUGAGUAAGCCUAGCAUUUGGGGUGAGGCUUCACGUAUUGUCAAUGAAGAAGGAUUUAGAGCAUUUUGGAAAGGCAAUAUGGUGACCAUUGCUCAUCGUCUUCCUUAUUCUGCGGUCAAUUUCUAUGCUUAUGAACGCUACAAGAAUCUAUUACAUAUAUUUUUGGGUGAGAAUCAUCGAGGAAAUACCAGUGCAGAUCUGUUUGUGCACUUCGUAAGUGGUGGUUUGUCUGGCAUAACAUCUGCUACAGCUACAUAUCCUUUGGAUUUGGUGAGAACACGACUUGCAGCACAGAGAAGUUCCAUAUACUACAGGGGCAUCUCUCACGCUUUUAAUACCAUUUGCAGAGAAGAAGGGUUCUUGGGUCUCUACAAGGGACUUGGAGCCACAUUGUUGGGUGUUGGACCCAAUAUAGCUAUAAGCUUUUCUGUUUAUGAAGGCUUACGUUCUUUUUGGCAGUCCCGAAGGCCCGAUGAUUCUACUGUCAUGGUCAGUCUCGCUUGUGGAAGUCUUUCUGGUGUUGCAUCGUCAACAGCGACAUUUCCUUUGGAUCUAGUAAGACGCAGAAUGCAGUUGGAGGGAGCUGGUGGUCGAGCACGUGUCUAUAAUACCAGUUUAUUUGGUACAUUUAAGCACAUAGUUCAGAAUGAAGGACUACGUGGUUUGUACAGUGGCAUUUUGCCUGAGUACUACAAGGUUGUUCCCAGCGUGGGCAUUGUCUUUAUGACAUAUGAGACAUUGAAGAUGUUUCUAUCAAGCAUUCCAAGUUAGGAAACACUCUAUUCUUAUCCUAUCUCAUGAUUCAUUACUAUUUUUAUCCUUUAGAAGGAAAUUUUGUGAUGGAUUGUAUUAUUGUCGUAGCCACGAGCACAAUUUUGUAUUUGUAUAGGUAGUUAUAAUUUAGCGAGUUACAGCAAUUGUACCAAAUCGAAUUUUAGGUCAGAGUUAUGGAUGAUUAAAGAAAUAGUUUGGUUGUAGAAUUUUCUACCAUUAAGAUAUUAUUAGUGAAUGUACACUCUAUCAAUGUUAGCAUUUUAUUUAUCUUGCCCAUGA